GCGAACCCUGCCUACCAGCAGAGCGUGUGCACUGCAGGGCCCCAGCCACACUCACACUGCACAGCCGGGCUCCGCAGGGCGACAGGCGUCUGAAGAGGGCCCCCGCGCCGCCGCCAUGUCCACCGCCGCGCGCAAGCGGCUCAUCCGCGACUUCAAGCGGCUGCAGCAGGACCCGCCGGAGGGGGUGAACGCGUCGCCGCAGGCGGAGAACAUCAUGCAGUGGAACGCCAUCAUCUUUGGGCCCGACGGCACCGUCUGGGAUGGCGGCGUGUUCAAGCUGUCGAUGGAGUUCUCGGAGGACUACCCCAACAAGGCGCCCGUGGUCAAGUUCAGGACCCGCAUGUUCCACCCAAACAUCUACGCGGACGGCGGCAUCUGCCUGGACAUCCUUCAAAACCAGUGGUCUCCCAUCUACGACGUCUCCGCCAUCCUCACAUCCAUCCAGUCCCUGCUGUCAGACCCCAACCCCAACUCCCCCGCCAACUCCGAGGCUGCACGGCUGUACAAUGAGGACCGCAAGGAGUACAACCGGCGGGUGAAGGCGGUGGUGGAGGCCAGCUGGGCGGACGACGGCGAGGAUGAGGAUGAGGAGGGAGAGGAGGAGGCAUAGCCCGCUCGCUCCACGCGGCGUCCCUGCAGCCCCUUUGAUUUCCGGCUCAACCCCCUGCCUCAGCCUUUGGGCCUCUGUACCUCGCCCAGGCCCACCCUCUGUACCAUGUAGCC